UUGAUCACUCUAAAAGGCGGUCACAUUUCACAUACUCACCGACAAACGUGAUAGAUGUGGGUGUGUGUAUCAGUGGGUGUGUAUGUCAUGCCUGACACUUAGCUCACGGAUAUGCUGAUUUAUCUUUUUUUUUCUCAUCAUGAGAAUCUUUUAAUCUUCGCUCGUGCAACACCACACUCGCUCGCGUCGAGGCGCAGUAUCUCAAGAACAGAAGGCAUCCAUGUAUCUUUGAGAAGACCAGUCUGUUCAACUCACCUCUGCCAGACCUGAGCUGAGCACCAAGAGAGACACAUCUCUACAACUUACUGGGAGACAACUUUACGCUCACUGGAAACAUUUCCAUAACUUCUUGAUAUUUGUAGCUGUUUGGAGCAGGUGUUUUACGCAAAGCUGUUUUUUGACUUCCUCACCUGUCUUCAAAAGACUUUAGCUCCAGUCUUGUGACUUUCAACUACAUCUAUUUUCAAGUACGUUUGAAAGUGAUAGCCAUCUACAAGAGAACAUGGAUAACAGCCCUGGUGGUGGCGUCAUCUUGUACGCAGGGACCUCCGGCAGCUCCAGCCCCAGCCUCGGCAGUCCUGGAAGCCCCUCCAGUGGGUAUCAGACCCAGUCCCCUUCUCCACACUCCCAGCCAUCAUCUCCAGAGGAGGUGGUCUUCACAGAGAUUGGGGUUGUUAAACAAAGGGCAGCUUCAUGCAGAACCUUAUCCUCCAAACUGGUAUUCCAGUUUCCACAGCUCCAAAGUGCCCCCCCAGCGGCAGCCACUCCACAGCAUACGUUUGCACACCCCAUUGCAGGAAAGAGGCCAUGCGGGUUCACAGGAGCUUUCACAAAGACAGGUGGAAUGGUCCUGCUUUGCAAAGUCUGUGGUGACAUUGCAUCUGGUUUCCACUAUGGAGUUCAUGCAUGUGAAGGAUGCAAGGGUUUUUUCCGCCGCAGCAUCCAGCAGAACAUCAACUACAAGAUGUGUGUGAAGAAUGAGAGCUGUCUGAUCAUGCGCAUGAACCGCAACCGGUGCCAACACUGCCGCUUCAAGAAAUGCCUCUCUGUUGGCAUGUCAAGAGAUGCUGUGCGUUUUGGCCGCAUCCCCAAAAGAGAGAAGCAGCGGCUCCUGGAUGAGAUGCAGAGCUACAUGAAUAGCCUGAAUGAGUCAGCUGCCAUGGAGAUGGAAUCCCCUUCAGUGAGGGAAACUGCCAGCUGCACAGAAGAUGGCAACUCAAAAGAGGCCAUCGGGGAAAUCUCCAGAGCCUAUCGCGACAUCUUCACCAGCAGCAACAGCGAAGAGAAACCAACCAAGAGCUCUAACAUCUCCUCCAACACAUGUCCCUUUUCUCAGGAUGCCAGCUUUCCCCAAGUGUCCUCUCACCCCGCCUCCAUCCAGAGUUAUCAGUCUUACCCUGUUGUCCCUAAUGACAACACAUCCACAUUCCACAAUGUUGACAACAAUCGCUCCUCCUACUUAGUUUCAACAAAUCAGAAUCAAGAUCAGUCCAACAGUACAACCUCUCAAAGGGGCAGCUCUGCCAAUCAUAACAGUUUUCACAAUGCAGGAAGUUCCCAAAACCAGCCCUCCUGCCCAUGGAAAUUAGCUUCAGGAGCUAAAGUGCUGGCAUGUCCCCUCAAUGCGUGGCCUGUAUCAGGGGCAGAGUGCACGAGUCAGCAGAUAUGGGAAUCCUUCUCGCAGUGUUUUACUCCUGCUGUCAAGGAGGUGGUAGAGUUCGCCAAGGGCAUCCCAGGGUUUCAAGAGCUUGGCCAACAAGACCAAGUCAUGCUGCUCAAAUCAGGCACUUUCCAGGUUUUGAUGGUGAGGUUCUGCACCUUGUUCAAUGCUGAGGAGCAUACAGUAACUUUCCUGAACGGCCUAACUUACCCACUGUCCACCCUGCGGGCCUUAGGCAUGGGCACUCUGCUGGACGCAAUGUUUGACUUCAGUGAGAAGUUGGGCUCCCUGGGGCUAGAGCCUGAUGAAAUGGCCCUCUUUAUGGCUGUGGUGCUGGUGUCUGCAGAUCAUUCUGGCAUCUUGGACAUGCAGGCUGUGGAGCAGCUUCAGGAGGGUCUGAUCCGUGCCCUACGGUCACUGAUCACUCGCCGUCGCCCAGAUGAGAACACCCUCUUCCCUAAACUCCUCCUGCGCUUGCCAGACCUGCGCACCCUCAACAAUAUGCACUCCGACAAACUGCUGGCCUUUCGCAUUGACCCUUAAGCAGGCUGCUUGUUCACGGAGAACACAGACACAAACUGUUUUACAGAAAAACAUACAGAACACACACAAUUACAGAUAUUAUCUUCCAUGGACAGGACCUUCUAGAAAAUUGAAGAAAAAGGAUUUGUAAAACCUGAGGAGUGGUUUUCAAAGAAUAAUUGAAGGCAGUAACAAACCUUUUGAUUCACUAUUGAUUAUACUUACUCAUGUAUACACAUAAACCUCAACACCUCUUGAAAGACAUUGUCUCAGUAGAGAAAUGUAUGACCACGUAGAUUUAGUAUUGCUGUUUUGGAGAAAUUAUGUGGGCACUUGCUCAAUAUGUCCAGUAUACCUAAGAAUAAAAUCUGUUCACUUCUGUUUAUUCCUUAUGCUGUGCAGCUUCCAUCACUAAGCAGUAGCUAAAAGACAGCACUCACUUAGGGAACAUUAGGGCUGACUGACUUUGUAUGUCUGUGGUUAAGGUAAAGGGAACCUGUACAUAAUACAUAGUGAAAAGCGAAAUAUUAAAGGUAAAUGUGUAUCAAUGUUUCACAAACAUACCACCUGCAUUACUCAAAUGAGACCACUAUUUUGGCACUUGUACACGACAGGAUACAUUCAGUCUCUUACUUUUUUGACAAAUCUUCCAGGCGCACCUUAAGUCUAAGUUUGACUCCUUCAUAAGUGAAUGGCAUGUUUUAUUAUUUCAAAAAAACAUUGUAUACCUGUCACUAUAUUGUAUGACUGCUGGACUGGUCGAGACACGUAAUGCAUGUUUGGAUUUGUAGUUCCUUUGUUUAUUUUUGAUGCUGUAAAUAUUAUAUGACCCUAAUGUCAAGGUAUCAAUGACUGAUUUGAUGUGAUGGACCGGACAGAUGAGUUUGGUGUAAAGAAGAAUGUACUGACCUUCCCGUAAUAGGUUUGGGUUUGGCCAUGCCAAGGGGGCUUUGCACAGGAGAAUAUCAGAUAGGGAUUUUGACAUGGUUUAGACUCAUUGAUGAUGUAACCAACCAGCAUAAUCCCUGAAGUCACCAGCAUUCACUCCAACGUUCACCCUUCCUCUGCCCACAAUGUUUGUCAUACAAACACAAGAGAUAUUUUUGUGAGCAAUCUUAUUUGAUUGGUCUUCUCACUGUUUGUUUGUUUGAUUUUGGCUGAUUGUACAUUUUGUAAAUAAGUAUUCCUAUAUAGAAAUUAUAUAAUGAUAUAAAG